GUUUUUUUUCUCUCUUUUUCUUUCUUCUUUUCUCCUUUUCAUUGUUUACAAAUAAAACUAUGGCUGAAGCUAUUUUAGAUUUCAGUAAAGAACUCGACGUUGCCUUAUUAGAUCAAGUCGUUAUGACUUUCUUUACCGGCUCUGGUAGUGAGCAACAACUGGCUCAACAAAUCCUGACUCAAUUUCAAGACCAUGAAGAAGCUUGGACUCGAGUUGAUGGUAUUUUAGAAAAGUCUUCUGUUUCUCAAACAAAGUUUAUUGCGCUACAAAUCCUUGAAAAGUUUGUUCAAACAAGAUGGAAUAUUUUACAAGCCGAUAGUAGAAAUGCCAUUCGUUACUUUAUUGUCAAUGUUAUUGUGAAGCAAUCUUCUGACGAAAACACACUAAUUAAAGAGCGUACCUACAUCAACAAGCUCAACAUGGUUCUUGUGCAGAUUCUUAAGCAAGAAUGGCCUCACAAUUGGCCUUCUUUUAUUCCUGAAAUUAUUGCCUCUAGCAAGACAAAUCUUUCUCUUUGCGAGAACAACAUGGCCAUCUUAAAGCUUUUAAGUGAAGAAAUUUUUGAUUUCUCUGCUGAGCAAAUGACUCAAUUAAAAGCAGCUACUUUGAAGACACAAAUGCAAAAAGAAUUCUCUGAAAUUUACAACUUGUGUAGAGAAGUCAUUGAUAAUGCUGUCAAGCCAAGUCUUAUCAAAGCUACACUUGAAACUCUUUUGAGAUUUGUUCAUUGGAUUCCUGUUGGUUAUAUCUUUGAAACUGAUCUUAUUGAAACACUUCGCAGCAAAUUUUUUGAACAACCUCAAUUCAGAAAUGUGACACUCAAAUGCUUCACUGAAAUCAGUACUCUCGAAAUCACAGAAAACUAUUAUGAAAAGAUGGUCAUCAUGUUUAACAGUGUAAUGACAGCUACAAACAGCAUGAUUCCUCCUAGCACCAAUAUUGCUGAAGUAUACGAAAACAGUAAUGAUGACGAUCAAGAAUUCGUCCAGAAUUUAGCAUUAUUCCUCACUAGUUAUCUUUCUACCCACUUAAAGACUGUUGAACGUUAUCCUGGUUCUCAUGAGCUCUUGAUCAAUGCCCAUUUCUAUCUCAUCAAGAUCUCUCGUGUAGAAGAUCGUGAAAUCUUCAAGAUCUGUUUAGAAUACUGGGCUAAAUUGGUUCAAGGAUUGUUUGAAGAAGCUUCUACUGCUGGUCAUGGUGCUCCAUUAUUGGAUUUAGGCAAUAUGGGUGGAUUUAAUGGUGCAGUCAGAAAAAAUCUCUAUGUUUCUGUCUUGUCCAACUUACGUGUCGUGAUGAUUGAGUGUAUGGUGAAGCCUGAAGAAGUUCUUGUGGUUGAAAAUGACGAAGGUGAAAUUGUAAGAGAAUUCGUAAAGGAGAGUGAUACAAUUGUUUUGUAUAAAAGUAUGAAGGAAGUGCUUGUUUACUUGACCAAUCUUGAUGUCAACGAUACUGAAGAAAUUAUGACCACCAAAUUAGCUAGACAAAUGGAUGGUAGUGAAUGGUCUUGGAACAACUUGAACAAAUUGUGUUGGGCUAUUGGUUCAAUUUCUGGAGCUAUGAAUGAAGAGACUGAAAAGAGAUUCUUGGUCACUGUCAUCAAGGAAUUACUGAGUCUCUGUGAAAUGAAGCGUGGUAAAGACAACAAGGCUGUUGUUGCUUCCAAUAUCAUGUACUGUGUAGGCCAAUACCCUCGUUUCUUGAAGGCUCACUGGAAGUUCUUGAAGACUGUUGUUAAUAAGUUGUUUGAAUUCAUGCACGAGUCCCACGAAGGUGUUCAAGACAUGGCCUGUGAUACCUUUAUUAAGAUUGCUCAACAAUGUAAGCGUCACUUUGUCGUCCUACAACAAGGCGAAAAUCGUCCUUUUGUUGAAGAAAUCCUCGAUAAUGUAAACCGUAUCACAUCUGAUUUGGCUCCUCAACAAAUCCAUACGUUCUAUGAAGCCAUUGGCUACAUGGUUGCUGCUCAAACAAAUAGUACUGCUCAAGAACGAUUAAUGGCCAAAUUUAUGGAACUUCCCAACCAAGCUUGGGAAAGCAUGAUGAACCAAGCCAAGCAAAACACGGAUUGCUUAAACAAUCCAACCGAAAUUAAGGUAUUGUCCAACGUACUCAAGACAAAUGUGGCAGCUUGUACAUCUGUUGGUUCUGCUUUUAUUAUCCAAUUAAGCAAGAUCUACAUUGACUUGUUAGCUCUCUAUCGUAUUGUGGGUGAAUUGGUAUCACAAAGUGUUGCCUCCCAAGGUGUGAUUGCCACCAAAACUCCUAAAGUGCGUGGUUGGAGAACAAUCAAGAGAGAAAUCCUCAAGUUGGUAGAUUCAUAUGUCAACUGUACGACUGAAAUUGAAACUGUCAACAACAGUAUGGUUGGCCCUUUCUUGGAAGCUGUCUUGACAGACUACAACACCAAUGUGGAUGCUGCUAGAGAUGCUGAAGUAUUGAAUGUGAUUGCUACCAUCAUUGAUAAGUUACAGUCCAUGAUGACUUCGCGCGUUCAAGUCAUUUUUGAGGCUACCUUCGAACCCACUUUGAACAUGAUCACCAAAGACUUUGCCGAAUACCCCGAACAUAGAAAUGGCUUCUAUUCCAUGCUGAGAGCCAUUAACAGACACUGUUUCCCUGCUUUAUUGGAAUUAGCUCCUGCUCAAUUCAAGCUCUUUAUUGAUAGCGUCGUCUGGGGUUUCAAGCACACCAUGCGUGAUAUUGCUGAUAUUGGUCUCGAAAUUUGUGGUGAAUUGAUUGACAACAUUAGUCGUACAGAUGCGGCUGUUGCAGGUGCCUUUUAUCAAUCUUAUUUCCUCAACAUUCUUCAAGAUAUUUUCUUUGUGCUUACUGAUCGGGAUCACAAGAGUGGCUUCAAGGGACAAACAGAAGUAUUAGCUCGUCUAUUCAACUUGGUCUCCAACAAUAUGAUUAGUCUGCCUCUCUUUGAUCCUAGUCAAGUAUCUAACCCUAAUAUGUCAAAUGCUGAAUUCUUGCGUGAAUACGUGUCUACUCUUCUUCAAAAUGCAUUCCCUCACCUUCAACCCGGUCAAAUCAAGGUCUUUGUUCAAGCCAUGUUUGAAUUCAACAAUAACCCAACUAAAUUCAAACUGGAAGUCCGUGAUUUCCUUAUUCAAUUGAAGGAAUUUGCUGGUGAAAAUGCUGAACUUUAUUUGGAAGAAAAGGAAAAUGAAUUAGCAGCACAAAGAAAGGCUGAAAUGGAAAAGGCAUUAGCUAUUCCAGGUAUGGUCAAACCAUCUGAAUUACCAGUCAUGGACGAAGAUGAAGCUCUUUAAAAAAAACACGUAUUUCAAUUAUAUUGUAAUAAAAUAAAGAAAAAAAAAGAAAAAAAAAAGAAUCUAUUGCGGUAAAAGAAUAGCAGAAGAAUUACUAUGUGGAAUAUUUCGAUUAAAUGUAUUUUCUUGUUGUGUUUCUU